GGCGCGCGCUCUCAUGCUUCUCUUCUCUCUUCUCUCUGCUUCGGUGACUUCGGUCUUCAGGUUAGGUUUAAUUGUAAUUUCGAAAAUACAUCGAUUGCGCGUCAACUGUGCGCAGCCUUAUCAACAGCAAGAUCGAUAAAGCUCUAAAGUCGAAACACUAUUUCAUUGUCGAUUCAGAAACGGACGGUUUAGCAAUCAAGUGUAAAUGUAUUUUGACAAGUUGCAAAAGUGAAAAUUAUAUAUCAAAGGUGUGCUAUAAAUGUUAUGUGAAUAACAUAUAACACAGAAAUGAAUAUUAUUCAUUACGCUGUUAAUCACAGGUCACACACUAUGGCUGCCAAAAAGCUCGUUUAUCCUGCGGCGGACCGUAAUAAGGAACCAAUAUUAUUGGUUUUAAAACGAUACAUCCAACGCGGCACAAAUCAGACCUUCCUGGAAAUAUCCUCCGGUUCGGGACAACACGUGGCACAUUUCGCGCCGCAUUUCCCACAUGUCACGUUUUAUCCCUCGGAAUACGAGCCGCGACUUCUGGAUAGUAUUGCCGCGUACGCGAAUGAAUAUUCUAAUAUAAAAAGCCCCGUGAGAAUUGAUAUUACCACGGACUUCCGGCUGUGGGGUAACGGUAUUUUUAAGCCAAACAGUUUCGAAUAUAUGUAUAAUGCGAAUAUGAUGCAUAUUUCGCCAUACCAGUGCACCAUCGGUUUAUUUAACAAUGCGGGUCAAUUACUGAAGCCAAAUGGGCUACUAAUCACCUAUGGACCGUUCGCUUUUAAUGGCCAGAUCACUCCGCAGAGUAAUAUAAGUUUCAACGAGUCCUUGAAAUCGCAGGAUCCAAGUUGGGGUUUACGAGAUGUAACAGACUUGAAAAAGUUAGCUGAAGAGAAUGAUAUUAAAUUAAUAGAAAUCGUAGACAUGCCCGCUAAUAAUAAAACGAUCAUUUGGAAAAAAUGUACUCAUUCAUAAGGAAACUGAAGACGAGUCAAAUUUGUUAUACACAAAAAAAAAAAAA